AAGAAUAAAAUUAGAAGGCCACUCGAAUCAAAAUAGUAAUUUUUAAACAAUUUUAAUAUGAUAAAUAUAUUCUGUCAUGAAUAUAUGAACGUGAACAGCGGCUCCCUAAAAAAACCAAUUUAAAAUCUAGGAUUGAACGAACAGUCUCUCAAUCCCAUUCUCCGAUCAAACACCCUUAAAUGUAAUCGUAAAUAAUUUUAUAGAUAGAUAUUCCAUAUAUUCUUGCAGAUGGGGUUUCAAGAAUUUGUGAAAAAUUCCAUUGACUGGGAGCAAGAAUCCUACCCUGAACAUAAAGAUUUCGCAGCGCUUCCUAUUUUCGCCAUCUUUUUUCCUACAGUUCGGUUUUUCCUUGACAGAUUUGUAUUUGAGAAAUUGGGCAGACGGAUAAUAUUUGGAAAAGGAAUGCAAGUUGUGGAACAUGAGACAGCGGAGCGAAGAAAGAAGAUACGAAAAUUCAAGGAGUCAGCAUGGAAAUUUGUUUACUAUCUUUCAGCUGAGAUUUUAGCGCUUCUUGUAACAUGCAAUGAACCUUGGUUCAGAAACACAAAAUACUUUUGGGUUGGGCCCGGAAAUCAAUCCUGGCCUGACCAGAAAUAUAAGUUGAAACUGAAAGGCCUGUAUAUGUAUGACGGUGGAUUCUACGCAUACUCCAUAUUUGCACUGAUAUUUUGGGAAACCAGGCGGUCUGACUUUGGGGUUUCUAUGGGUCAUCAUGUUGCAACUUUUAUCCUAAUCACGCUUUCCUAUAUAUUCAGGUUUGCACGUGUCGGUUCAGUUGUUUUAGCUCUUCAUGAUGCUAGUGAUGUAUUUCUGGAAGUAGGAAAGAUGUCCAAAUACGGUAGUGCAGAAACACUGGCUAGCUUUUCAUUUGUUCUUUUUGUCCUGUCUUGGAUCCUUCUUCGUCUCAUUUACUAUCCAUUCUGGGUUCUAUGGAGCACAAGCUAUGAAGUUAUCUUGACCUUGGAUAAGGAGAAUCACAGAGUGGAUGGACCAAUCUACUAUUACAUCUUCAAUUUUCUUCUUUUCUCCUUGCUUGUUCUCCAUGUCUACUGGUGGGUGCUGAUUUAUCGGAUGCUUGUCAAACAAAUCCAAGCUAGAGGCCAAGUCAGUGAAGAUGUUCGAUCUGAUUCUGAAGAUGAAGAUCAGCAUGAAGAUUGAUAUAAAAGGAGAUAAUUGUCAUUGCGUCGUUCACUUGAUGGAUUUGCUUUGUCGAGACCAGUUGAAGAGGUCAGAAGAAGCGGAGAGAAGGUUGAUUAUUCAUUAGGAGUUUAUGCUAAUCAUCAUCGUGUUCUGGCCUGUUGGUGUUUUAUUUACUACUCCUAUGUUGCUAGAAACAGUGUGCCAGCAAAGAAGCAUUGGUAUGACUGAUUAAUGGAAGUUGUAUUUUUAGUUGUCCUGUAACAGAUUUAUGUUUCAUGGUUUCUAAUAUUCAUAAAAGGUUUAUUCUU